GUCAAAGGGGAGUGUUUUAUCGUCACACAAAAUCACACUUGUUUCGUCUUCUUUGUUAUUUGGCCAGAAAAGUACAAUAUUCUUAUGCUAUGAAUAUUUGAACCCAAUUGAGUGAACAAUCAAUUGCCUCUUUUCAGUUUUCGCCCCCUAUUUUAAAUAGCAUCGUCUAUUGACCUCCUUGUGACCCACGAAGCUGACAAAGUCCACUUCGGACUGUCACAUGUUUUAUAAUCUUUAUACCCAGUCUGACACCAUAAAGCUGCACCUUGGAAGAUAUCGUAAGGACGCAAGCUGUCGGGGACCAUGGUGGUUCCUAUUGUACCUACGGCCAGCGGCAAGGUGCGAGGAACGGUGCAGUACACAAACGACCUGCCGGACAAACCUGUCUACACCUUCAAGGGCAUCCCGUACGCAGCGCCCCCUUUCGGAGACCUGCGGUUCCGCGCCCCUCAGCCUGCUGCUCCAUGGGAAGGAGUCAGGGAUGCUACUGAACUGGGCCCUUACUGUCCUCAGGAUCAGGAUGCCUUCAACUUCUACCCUCUUCAGCUGAAACACUACAAAUUUGAUGAAGACUGCCUGACAGUCAACAUAGAAACACCAACAUUGACAAAGGAUGCUGGACUGCCCGUGCUGCUGUGGAUCCAUGGUGGUGGAUUUGUGUCCGGGCUGGGACAUCAGGUUCCCUUCCUGUCCCUGGCCGCCCACCAAGAUGUGAUAGUCGUGACCUUCAACUACCGCCUCGGUGCACUCGGCUUCCUCAGCACUGGGGAUGAGAACGCUCCUGGGAACGUUGCUUUCCUCGAUCAGAUCCAGGCGAUGGUUUGGGUCCAACAGAACAUCCGGAACUUUGGAGGAGAUCCGGACCGGGUUACACUAUUCGGUUUGUCUGCGGGUGGCACAAGUGUCUGUUACCACCUUGUCUCGCCUCUCAGUAAGGGUCUGUUCCAACGGGCCAUCUCUCAGAGUGGUGUCUGUCAAACGCUUGAUGUCGUUUCAAAUCCACUGGACAGAGCAGUGAUGUUGGCAAAAGAACUGGGCUGUGACACAAAGGAUACGGCCAGCAUGGUGGCAGGCCUUAGAGAGAAGCCAGUAGACCAAAUUGUAGCCUGUAGCCAACGUCUCUUGAUGAAGCUAGGUGCCAAGGGAGAACUUCUUGCUUUUGGGCCUGUAGUUGAUGGAAGAUUUCUUGCAGCACACCCGUCUGACAUAUUUGAUCUCAAGAGGGCACACACUGUGGACUAUCUUCUGGGCGUGGGCAAUCACGAGUAUGGCUUUCAACUCCCCUCUCAGUACAUCCGAGGUUUUGGAAGAGGAAUAACGGAAGACAGGUUUCUUCUCAGGAUGAAGAAGAGGAUGAAUGCAGUUUAUCCGAAGUCCAACCUGAACAACAUAGCAGCAGCCAUACGCAGGGUGUACAGAGAAGAGUACAACCCAGACGACCCACAUGCCUUGGAGUACCAGUUCACCCAUGCCUUUGGAGAUCAGAUGUUUGUUGCCCCGACUGUUCUCGUUGCAAGCAAACAUGCCGCUGCUGGACAAAGAGUGUACCUGUAUGAGAACCAGUACGCACCCUCCAGUGCCGCGGCCAUUCGGCCUGACUGGGUGGGGUGCGACCAUUCAGAUGAGGCCAUGAUGGUGUCUGGUGCGGCCUUCCUGGAUGUGCCUCUGAAAGUUGGUGCUCUGCUGCCGUUCUGCUCUGAUGACAAGAGGACCAGUCUGAGCAUGAUGGCUUACUGGGCUAACUUUGCUAGAACUGGGAACCCGUCAGACCGUACCGGCGGCCCGGCUGACAGCCCCAUGGUACCAGAGUGGCCCCAGUACACACCUGACAACCCCGCCUACAUGAAGCUGGAUGUGACUUCAUCUAGUGACGUAGGGCUAAAGCCUGAGAAGAUGAGACUGUGGAAUGACGUCAUCCCCAAGCUCGCAGCAUCUUCCAAGAUGUCAGUAGCGACCAUGGUGGUUCCUAUUGUAUCCACGGCCAGCGGCAAGGUGCGAGGAACGGUGCAGUACACAAACGACCUGCCGGACAAACCUAUCUACACCUUCAAGGGCAUCCCGUACGCAGCGCCCCCUGUCGGAGACCUGCGGUUCCGCGCCCCUCAGUCUGCUGCUCCAUGGGAAGGUGUCAGGGAUGCUACUGAACUGGGCCCCUACUGUCCUCAAGACACAACCUUUCUUAACAGCAUGGUAGUGAAACAAGAACAUUACAACUUGGACGAAGACUGUCUGUCCCUGAACGUCGAAACACCGACGAUUGCCAAGGACGCUGGGCUACCGGUACUACUGUGGAUCCACGGAGGAGGGCUGUAUACUGGUUCCGGGUAUUUCCUCCCCUACACGUCCCUGGCAGCCCACCAACAAGUGGUCGUCGUCACCUUCAACUAUCGUCUGGGCGUGCUGGGCUUCUUCAGCACUGGGGACCAGAACGCCCCUGGCAACUUUGGCUUCCUGGACCAGAUCCAGGCGAUGCGAUGGGUCCAAGAGAACAUCAGGAACUUCGGAGGAGAUCCGGACCGGGUUACGAUCUUCGGCGAGUCAGCUGGUGGAGCAAGUGUCUGUUACCACGUGGUGUCUCCUCUCAGUAAGGGUCUGUUCCAGCGGGCCAUCUCUCAGAGCGGGGUGUGUCAGACCUGUGGCACCUUCCCUAAGCCUCUAGAGAGAGCUGUGAUGCUGGCAGAGGAACUGGGCUGCGACACAAGGGAUACCGCAAACAUGGUGGCCUGCCUCAGGCAGAAGUCAGCGGAUGAACUUAACUCCGGUACUCUAGAAGUGAUGAAGAAGCUUGCCCGUCAGGGAGCAUCAGUGCCAUCCCAGCCGUUCUCCCCUGCGGUUGACGGACACUUUCUUCCCGCGGAACCGACUGUUCUCUUCGAUACGGGCCGAGCAAACGCCGUGGACUACCUUCUAGGCGUGAACAACCACGAGUACGGGUUCCUGCUUCCCCUGACGAUGAUUCUGGGCUAUGGCCGGGGAAUGACCGAGGACAAGUAUCUCAGCAGGAUGAAGAGGAUGACUGGCGCACUUUACCCGGGUUCCAACCAGAACAACAUUGUAGCAGAAAUCCGUAAGCUGUACCGGGGCUGCUUUAGCGGAGAUGACCCGAUGUCCAUACAGUACCAGUUUACCCACGCCUGCGGUGACCACGUCUUCGUGGCUCCUACGGUUCUCGUCGCGGACAAACACUCGGCCUGUGGACAGAAAGUGUACCUGUAUGAGAACCACUACACGCCGUCACGGUUCUCCGCUGGCCGGCCGGACUGGGUGGGGUGUGACCAUGGAGACGAGCUGUUCGUCAUGUCGGGCGUGGCCUUUUUAAAUGUGCCUAUGACCUCCGGACGUUUGCUGCGAUUUUCUGCAGACGACAAGAAGGCCAGUUUGGAUAUGAUGGCUUACUGGGCAAACUUCGCGCGCACCGGGAACCCGUCUGACCGUACCGGCGGCCCAGCUGACAGCCCCACGGUACCAGAGUGGCCCCAGUACACACCUGACAACCCCGCCUACAUGAAGCUGGACCUGACGUCAUCUAGUGACGUAGGGCUUCAUCCUGACAGGAUGGCUCUGUGGAAUGACGUCAUCCCCAAGCUAGCAUCUUCUUCUAAGUUAUAA